UUUCCUGCAAUCUAGCAGUGUUCUACCAUGGAGCCAUUAAUGAGAAUAUGAAUUGCCUGCACAUAUCUUGCCCAGCAUUGGAAAGUUGCAUACUAAAGGCUAGAAUCAAUGUCAUUUUGUACAACAUCACAACAGGGAUUGAUCCAGAUCUUCUUAUUUUCAAAAAAAUGACAUCCAAAGAGCCAAAUACUCACUCCUCACCAAGUAAACACGAAAGGCAAAACAGCACAAAGGCCACCGCGUGGGAAAGAUGCCAGCAUCAUAAUGCCACGUCAAGUUCUCUUCUGCUCCAAGCUUCAUCUUCUACCAGCAGCCACGGCUUAACAGCGAACACUUACACCUCCAGCACAAUGCUGACAGUCCAAAAAACUGAGGUUUCUACUUAUUACAGGGCAGAAACUUUUCCAACAGAUGAUAAUUUUGCUAAGAGGACAAGCACAACUUCCAUAAGCACUAGGUCAAUCACCAGCUCAGACAAGACUGUACACUCAGCUUUGAUAUCCAAGUCUGCCGAGGGGUUAUCCCAUAUGCCCAUUCCUCCUCAUCUGAACAGCAGUAAGCAACACUUAAAUGAAACCAAGGGCUACAGUGGUAGGAAUUAUACUUCGGAUGAUGAGGAACCUGCUUGGGAAACUGCAGCUUUGGGUGUCUGGUUGAUUCCUGUUGUUCUUUGCUCUUCUCUCAUCUUCCUUUGCUGUUGUACUGUUGCUUUCACAGCAGGGCGUUGCAGCAGUAAGAGAGGUCAGUAUCAGCCCAUAAGGAGAAGAAGAACAAUGUCAAGACAAUUCAUAAAAUAUACUAGUGUCAAAGGUAAUUUGUAA